AUGGCGCUGCUCAAAGUCAAGUUUGACCAGAAGAAGCGGGUCAAGUUGGCCCAGGGGCUCUGGCUUAUGAACUGGCUGUCUGUGUUGGCCGGCAUCGUCCUCUUCAGCCUGGGGCUGUUCCUGAAGAUUGAGCUCCGCAAGAGAAGCGAAGUGAUGAAUAACUCCGAAAGUCACUUUGUCCCCAAUUCCCUGAUAGGGGUGGGGGUGUUGUCCUGUGUCCUCAAUUCUCUGGCUGGCAAGAUCUGCUACGACGCUCUGGACCCCGCCAAGUACGCCAAGUGGAAGCCCUGGCUGAAGCCGUACCUGGCCGUCUGUGUCUUCUUCAACGCCAUCCUUUUCCUCGUGGCUCUUUGUUGCUUCCUGCUGCGGGGCUCCCUGGAGACCACCCUGGCUUACGGGCUCAAGAACGGGAUGAAGUACUACCGGGACACGGACACCCCAGGGAGAUGCUUCAUGAAGAAGACCAUCGACAUGCUUCAGAUUGAGUUCAGGUGCUGCGGCAACAACGGCUUCCGGGACUGGUUCGAGAUUCAGUGGAUCAGUAACCGCUACCUGGACUUUUCCUCCAAGGAAGUCAAAGAUCGCAUCAAGAGCAACGUGGAUGGGCGAUACCUGGUGGACGGCGUCCCUUUCAGCUGCUGCAACCCCAGCUCACCACGGCCCUGCAUCCAGUACCAGCUUACCAACAACUCGGCACACUACAGCUAUGACCACCAAACCGAGGAGCUCAACCUCUGGCUGCAGGGCUGCAGGGCCGCCCUGCUGAGUUACUACAGCAGCCUCAUGAACUCCAUGGGUGUGGUCACACUCCUGGUCUGGCUCUUUGAGGUGAGCAUUACUGCUGGACUCCGCUACCUGCACACGGCGCUGGAAAAUGUGUCGAACCCCGAGGACCCCGAGUGCGAGAGUGAGGGCUGGCUGCUGGAGAAGAGUGUGCCCGAGACCUGGAAGGCCUUUGUGGAGAGCUGUAAGAAGCUAGGCAAGAGCAAUCAGGUGGAGGUAGAAGGCGCAGACGCAGGCCAGGCCCCAGAGGCUGGCUGAUGGCUUGGGGUCUCUCCCUUCCUCAACACUUAGCGGACUCCAGGAAAUGUGGAUACCCCCUUGUCCAGCUGAAAGCCCAAAUUUCCCAAGAAAGCCGGGCACCGACUGACUCUUCUUGACAGCGGGCUUUGAAGUUCAGGGUCCUGAGGGCAUGCGACAGGCAUU